AUGGUGGUAUAUCCCGCAUUGGUAGCUAGCGCUUAUGCCACGUUUCGCCUACUCCGCGAUGUGUUGGGCUGUAAACUACCAAUCGAGAUCUGGUUUUCCCCCGACGAAAUUCGCAAAACGCCGGGAUCGCUUGCACCACUACAUACACUUAACCAGACAGCUACUGGCGACUUUCUUUUUAAGACGCCAGAGUUCGUCAAGAUGGGCGCAGUCUUUUGGCCGGACUAUUGGCAUCCGCAGAACACCAUGUUCUACAUUAACUCUGAAUCCGUCGUCUGGCAAUUACUGGACAUGCCUUUUGUCGAUAUGUUUGAGCAAGAAAGUGGACAGCUGCUCAUCGAUCGUCGUCGCCAUUCAGUCCCACUCCACCUCGAUCUGUUUCACUCCGCCUUCUAUUGCCGGGACGGUGAUCGGAUGGUCAUUUUGCGGAAUGACGAUGGUGCAACAUGA